AAAGGAGUUUGCUUGAUGUUUUAGUGAAAUGGACGUAAGAUUUUAUUCGCCACCUCCUCAGCCUGCAGCCGCUCCUGAUACGCCUUGUUUGGGACCUUCCCCCUGCCUGGACCCCUACUAUUGCAACAAGUUUGACGGUGAGAACAUGUAUAUGAGUAUGACAGAGCCGAGCCAGGACUAUGUGCCAGCCAGCCAGUCUUUCCCUGGCCCAAGUCUCGAAAGCGAAGAUUUUAACAUACCUCCUAUAACUCCUCCGUCAUUACCUGACCACUCACUGGUGCACUUGAAUGAGAUCGAGUCUGGGUACCACUCGCUGUGUCAUCCAAUGAACCACAAUGGCCUGCUUCCCUUCCACCCACAAAACAUGGAUCUACCUGAAAUUACAGUUUCCAACAUGCUUGGCCAAGAUGGCACACUGCUUUCGAAUUCACUGUCUGUGAUGCAAGAUUUACGGAAUACAGAAGGAGCCCAGUAUAGUUCCCAUCCUCAGAUGGCAACCAUGAGGCCAAGGGUUCAACCUGCAGAUAUUAGGCAGCCAGGAAUGAUGCAGCACGGGCAGCUGACUACUAUUAACCAGUCCCAGCUCAGUGCACAGCUUGGUUUGAAUAUGGGUGGAAACAAUGUUCCUCACAACUCACCCUCUCCACCUGGAAGCAAAUCUGCAACUCCUUCACCAUCCAGUUCAGUCCAUGAAGAUGAAGGAGAAGAUAGCUCUAAGGUCAAUGGUGGAGAGAAGAGACCUGCUUCAGAUAUGGGGAAGAAACCCAAAACUCCCAAAAAGAAGAAGAAGAAGGACCCAAAUGAGCCACAGAAGCCUGUGUCUGCCUAUGCAUUAUUCUUUCGAGACACUCAAGCAGCCAUCAAGGGCCAAAACCCAAAUGCUACUUUUGGUGAAGUCUCUAAAAUUGUAGCUUCAAUGUGGGACGGCUUAGGAGAAGAACAAAAACAGGUAUACAAAAAGAAAACUGAAGCUGCCAAGAAGGAAUAUCUGAAGCAGUUAGCUGCCUACAGAGCAAGCCUUGUAUCCAAGAGCUAUAGUGAACCUGUUGAUGUCAAGGCCUCCCAGCAACCUCAGAUGAUGAAUUCAAAGCAGUCAGUGUUUCAUGGGCCUGCCCAGGCUCACUCUGCGCUGUACCUCAGUUCCCACUACCACCAACAACCAGGAAUGAAUCCUCAUAUCACUGCCAUGCAUGCCAAUAUCCCCAGGAACAUAGCACCUAAGCCCAACAACCAAAUGCCAGUGACUGUUUCUAUAGCAAACAUGGCCGUGUCCCCACCACCACCGCUCCAGAUCAGCCCUCCUCUGCACCAGCAUCUCAACAUACAGCAACACCAGCCAAUUACAAUGCAGCAGUCCAUUGGAAACCAGCUACCGAUGCAGGUCCAGUCUGCUCUACAUUCACCUACAAUGCAGCAAGGAUUUACUCUUCAGCCUGAUUAUCAGAGUAUCAUCAAUCCAACAUCUACAGCUGCACAAGUUGUUACCCAAGCAAUGGAGUAUGUUCGUUCAGGGUGCAGAAAUCCUCCAGCACAGACUGUGGACUGGAAUAAUGACUACUGCAGUAAUGGGGGCAUGCAGAGGGACAAAGCACUCUACCUUACCUGAAAAUCUGAAACACUCUCCUUUCCACUGAGGAAUGCAGGGAAGUCUUUUCAUCAUGGAUUGCUUUAUGCAGUCAAGGCAGUUCUGCAUUUUAUUAGAAAAUACAAGUUGCUAAGCACUUAGGACUAUUUGAGCUUGUGGGUCACCCACUCUGGAAAAAAAUAAUCUUGCUUCUUUCUUUUUCUCCUCCCUCCCCCCAUUUUUUUCUCUUUCUUUCUCCUUUCCCCGCCCCCCCACCCUGAGAUCCUUUA